UGCUGUCUGGUGAACAUGCCUUCUUUCUUUUUCUUUUCCUUUUUUAGUUUUUAAUGCAUUGAAAUCUUUCUAUAAACUGAAUUGACGUGGUUGAAUGGCUGGGAUUUGGAAGUACAGUAAAUUAUUGAAUAAAAUGCAUUUGCCAGGAUUCUACCAGGAUUCGAGAUAGAAGGUGGAUCGCACUAAAACGGAUCAUGUGUAGGAGGGUCAAGGAAUGGCCUGCCAGUAUAUUUACCCUCAAUGCUGGUCUGUCAUCAAUGUGGAGCCAUAAUGAAAGCUGAAAGUCUCCCUGCGAAAAGAGGCCGAGAGGCCGGUGAAUUGAUGGAAGAACUGAGGUGUACUUAUUGACACAGAGAUUGAUCAGGAAACGGAGGAAACCAUUUAACAGACUCUAGCCUGUAAUUUAUCCUGCUUUAUAAUUAUGAUUAUAAUAAUACCCAUUUUCUUACAUAGCACAUUUCAUGGUCUGGUACAACCCCAAGGUGCUUAACAGUGCAUUUUAAAACAACAAAAGAAAAGAUGAUGCUUAAACACUUGUACCUAUUUGAAAAAGUAAUAACAUUAUAUUUAUUUUAGCCUGUCUCUGUUCAAUGCGGAGAUGUGGCCUUUGUGUGCAUUUUGAAAAAGCAAGUCCUCUGUGAUCUCAGAUUGAAAUGAGAUGUAAUUCCCCUCCUCACAAAUAAUAUGUCAUCCUUGAUUGGAAUCAAUUUGACAUUUGAUUCCAAUGACAUUUAAGACCGGCAAACGACUCCACAAUUAACUUACCACCAAAUUAGCCCUAAUCCAUCGGAGCGUCAGAGGGUUCGCACCCGGCGACACAAUCCAAACACCCCAAGUCCAAGUCCCUCGCGUCACACAUGGCGGCCAACGGCAGCGCCCGGAUCGCCGCCCCCACCAACGUCUCGCUGGGCCUGACCCCGCCCGUGGCCGAGUCGCUGGAGUUCAAGACGGUGUCGGUGUUCCUGGUGCUGCUGGUGUGCACCGCGGGCAUCGUGGGCAACGUCAUGGUGGUCCUGGUGGUGCUCACCACGCGCCACAUGAGGACGCCCACCAACUGCUACCUGGUGAGCCUGGCCGUCGCCGACCUCACCGUGCUGGUGGCGGCGGGGCUGCCCAACGUGGCGGAGAGCCUGUCGGGCACGUGGGUGUUUGGUCACUCGGGGUGCCUGGGCAUCACCUACCUCCAGUACCUGGGCAUCAACGUCUCCUCCUGCUCCAUCACGGCGUUCACGGUGGAGAGGUACAUCGCUAUCUGUCAUCCAAUGCGGGCCAAGACGGUGUGCACAGUCUCCCGGGCCAAGCGGAUCAUUGCCGGGGUUUGGGUCUUUACCUGCAUCUACUGCAUGCUGUGGUUCUUCCUGGUCGACAUUAAGGUGGUUGAGAGUGGACACGUUCAGUGUGGCUACAAGGUGAAGCGGGAGCUGUACCUGCCCAUCUACCUCAUUGACUUUGCCAUUUUCUACGUGGUGCCACUUCUCCUGGCCAUCGUGCUGUAUGGUCUGAUAGCACGGAUACUAUAUCUCAGCCCCCUGCCGAACCAAUCAGACACAGGCACCGUCAGCACCGGGGCCCCAACGCUACGCCGCAGCUGCAGGGAGAGAGCCGAAGUGGGGAAAACCGUCCGAGAGAAACGGCCCAAAAGCGCAUUGUCAUCCAGGAAACAGGUGACCAAGAUGCUGGCAGUGGUGGUGGUCCUGUUCGCCCUGCUGUGGAUGCCCUACCGCACGCUGGUGCUCCUCAACUCCUUCAUGGCCACGCCCUACCUGGACGACUGGUUCGUCCUCUUCUGCCGCACCUGCAUCUACGCCAACAGCGCCAUCAACCCCGUCAUAUACAACGCCAUGUCCCAAAAGUUCCGCUCCGCCUUCCGCGGCCUCUACCACUGCAAGGGGGCGGAGGCGUCCCACCGCAGGACGCUGUCCUCCAUGAACACCGCCUGCAGCACGGUCCGGGAGGCGCGCCUCUCCCAGGCCAGCAGCAGCAGCGCCAACGCCCAGAUGAAGGACGGCGGGCAGCGCCCCGGUAGGCCCUACCCCGGGGAGAAGGGCGGUCUCGACGAGACCAGCAGACCACCGAACGGAGCGGGAACCCAUCCCGGGGAGGGCGGCCCGUCGGCCAUUGAAGGGAAGGACGAGGACACGGAACGUACGGUGUCCGAGGUUCAGCGGGGGAUCCAGGAAGGAAGUCCUGAGCGGAACGAUGAUAAAGAUAAGGACGUGCGUUGGUCGGAAUCUCCCCAUCAUCCUCAUCCUCACCCUCCUCAUCGUCAUCCCCAUCCUCUCACAUCUUCAUCCUCUGACCUGAAAGCCACAGAGUGGGUGGAACUCUCCGCACACACCGAAAGAAACGCUAAGGAUUCCUCCUGUGCAGUGUGCUAUUUCGAUAGGAAAGAGCAUGACAUUGUUAGUCAGCGCUCGUUAAAUGACAGGAGAUCCGGGGAACCUGUGGAAACGCUUGUUAAAAAUGAGAACGUUGGCACUCACCCCAACCCCACUCCAGAAGGUUCGGACACGGUUGGAUUAAAUAAAGUCGCCGGGAGCAAAACUAGCAACGAUGUGGAACUCAUCCCUGACGCAACAGAGGCAUGUAAGGACAGCUUGCUUCAUACCAGAAUAUGAGGCCUGAACAUUUCUUUUGAAAGAUAAACGAUGUGUGUAUAUGUGUACUAUAUGUUAUCUAUUUUCCCAAGGUUUCUAAAGCAAGAUGUUGACUGGGAACAAGCACUUCUUCGAUUAGCAAUGAAUGGAUUCAGUUGAGAGUUGAUGUUUACGUGACUUUGAAUGCCUUAACUGAUCUGACAAAAGGCAUUGAAAAAAAACCCGGAAUAGUCAACAUGAAAAUCCAUCAAUAUGCUGGACACCGACAACAUUCAAUACACCAGCAGUUCUCAGAAACACUUGUAACUUUUUACUUUCCCUUCUUUCUUCUUACAUCCAAACCUAUUGAUUUCCUGAUAAUUGAGCACUUGAAAGACAGAGCGCUUUGACUUAAGAGAGUUUAUUGAAUUUUCACUUUCUUUUAUUGGCUGAUUCCAUUCAUUAUGAAAUAGCUUGAGGACUUAAUGGUUUAAAAAACUGUCUCAUGGAUUCUCAGGCUAUUCACAUGAAACAUGUGUCGAAAACUAAAUUCCGACCCCAUUACAUCACGGCCUGUAAAUGGGUGCAUCUUCUGGAGUUGAAAUAAUGAGGAAAUACGUGACAACUCAAGGCAGCUCAGUGCUUUCAACUAGAUUGCUCAGACCUUCACAUGUCAUCAAAUGCUUUUGAUAAGCGGCUGCUGCUUUUAGCACUGUAUGAAUGCUUUAAUGUCCUUUUAAUGCUUUUUUUAUUCAAUAUAGUAUAUAAAUAUGUGUGUUUUUUUUAGGCUUUUAAAAGAUUGAACAGGCCUAUAAGUAGCUUGCAUUAAAAGAAACAAUCCACAAAUGUAGUCUUAAAGAGCCAUAAUAUUGUCAGUGUGAACUAUUGUGAUCGUUGGGCGAUAACCACCCUGAUAUGAACAGUGGUCAAACACUCUCCUUGUGAUUCUUAGACAUUGGUGGGCGUAGGAAGCAGGCUGUCUCUGAUUGGCUGGACGUUGGAUGAAAUCUCCAUGGCAAAACAUUUAAAUUGAUAAUCUAACAUAAACAGACAUGACCAAAACAUCGUACUACGGACUUGCUAAGACCGUACCCCCUGUACAGCUAAGAAUGUGUACAAGAAUGUGUACAAGAAUGUAAAGAAGAAUCUCAAGUGUCAAAAUGGAGAAGCUCCUUCCAGGGAACAUAAUGAAUAAAGAAAAAAUAAAUCACAUUAUUUUCUGUGCCUGUAAAUUGAGUGAACCUGUUUUCCAGUACUGCAUGAUGUAAAUGUGAAAAGCAUGAUACAAAUUUUCUAUGAAUGGUUUUUCCAUACUGUGAUGAUUAUGGAAAUAUCUGAAUGUUUGCUUUCUCUUACAGAUUGAACUGGCAUCAGUGGAUGAAAUGCUCUAGUCUAUUGGGGACAUUCUAGAUUUUACCUUCAUAUAAUUUGUGCUGUGGCUAAACUGACUUGGGUCAUAUUGAGAUUUCGUAGAAAGCUUUCAUGAAGGGUUCUUGCCUUCUCUAUCAUUGUGUCGUUGAUCUUAUUGUAUAUACUUGCAUUCUUGCAGUUUAAAGAUUAAAUUGACCCCCCCCCCCCAAAAAAAAAUCCCAGACUAGCCUUCUCUUUUGAACCUCUGCUACUCCUGUGCGCCUUAUGAGCAAAAACGGCUCAGCUAUUUCCUGUGUGAGCCCAACUGUUUUCUAUGGCAGACAAUGUAGUUCCUCUCAAUGUUAUCAAUGUUGUGCCAUGCUUUUUUACCUUGCCUGUGUAUUUGUGUGUUUGUUUGUGUGUGUGUUGUAUGUACAUAGUACAUUGCUUUGCUACAUUCAUUUGAGCACCUUUAUUAACAUGUUCCUUGUGAGGGCAGUGUGUAUACAGAAUGUGGGGCAAUACCUUUGAGCUACUAGGCUAGCUCUAGGCUCAGGCUAGCUAUUGGCUCAGGCUAGCUAUAGUAUAAGGCUUGUAUUCAUUCGUGGUCAUCCUUAACUUACUCUGCUCCUAAAUAACAGCAGGCAGUGACAAGCGAGCUGCGUGGGAGUUACCUUGGGUGAAUCAAGGAAGAAAUUCUAAAAGCAAGUUACUUUUUCACUGCAGCCUUCUCUUUUGUUCAAAUUACGAGAUGACUAAUGAAUAAAAAAACGUCUGCCUACGGCACAAUUAACACUGGGAUUCUUUUUCUCUGAAUCAAUUUGGUUUGCGGACAAAUUGAUGAGGAAACCUCAUGACACUGCUGCAGUGAGGAAAGUUGCAAAACAUUUCUCUCUGCCACAUUUCUUUGUGCCCUGUGUGUGUGUGUGUGUGUGUGUGUGUGUGUGUGUGUGUGUGUGUGUGUGUGUGUGUGUGUGUGUGUGUGUGUGUGCGUGUGCGUGUCUGUGUGUGUGUGUGUGUGUGUGUGUGUGUGUGUGUGUGUGUGUGUGUGUGUGUGUGUGUGUGUGCGCGCGUUCGUUUCAAAAGAAAACAGUUUGUUGAGUAUAUUGAUGCCUCUUUGCAUCUUAUUAUUAUACUCUGAAGCCCUGGAGAGCUGCUGGCUUAAUCUGUUAUCAAUACAUGGUUGGUUGAAGCUUCGGUGUGUAGUAAUUUAUUUAAUUAUUUAUCAAAGUGGCUUCUCUCUGUGUGUCUCUGUGAUGAUGCUUUGCAGUGUACAUGUUCGACUCUCUAUCAUGUGGUUUCUUGGUUUGCAUGUCUGGUAAAUUGCCUAUCUAUCACUAUUUGAUUCAAUAAAAUACUUGAAG